AUGGCAACUAUCACACAGGUGCAAACGGAGGAGAGCGUUGUUAGGACGAAGCUCUAUCCUCUAGAGGCUGUCGAUGUGGACAGAGAAGAGAAAUUGCAACCAAAUCUACCCGAUAUUCCUCUUCCACCGCCGUCUAAAAAUCUGACAGAAGUUCUGAGCGUCGACAAAGACACUCCCGAUAGCCAUGUCCCGCGAGACCCACGACUGAUUCGGUUGACGGGAGUCCAUCCCUUCAACGUGGAACCGCCGUUGACAGAUUUAUUCAAUGAGGGCAAGCAGGCAGCGUGUUGUUUCCUGACCUCGCCGGAACUCUUCUAUGUUCGCAAUCAUGGAGCUGUCCCACAGGUUCGGGAUGAGGACAUUCCAACAUGGGAAGUUAGUAUUGAGGGAUUGGUCGAAAACCCGAUUACCUUGAGCUUCAAACAGAUAUUACAGGAUUUUGAGCAAAUCACUGCACCGGUCACCUUCGUAUGUGCCGGUAACAGGCGCAAGGAACAGAACAUUGUGCGAAAAACAAAGGGUUUCUCAUGGGGCCCUGCUGGCCUCUCCACCGCCUUAUGGACGGGCCCAAUGAUGGCGGACAUCAUUCGAAAGGCAAAGCCGCUCCGAAAAGCAAGAUUCGUUUGUAUGGAAGGGGCAGACAAGCUGCCUAAUGGAUACUACGGCACAUCAGUGAAGCUGAACUGGGUCUUGGACCCGAAUAGAGGAAUCAUGCUCGCCCACAAGAUGAACGGGCAGUCGCUAUCCCCUGAUCAUGGCCGCCCCCUGAGGGCUGUUGUCCCUGGUCAGAUUGGCGGACGGAGUGUCAAGUGGCUGACGAAGCUAAUACUGACUGACGCUCCAAGUGAUAACUGGUAUCACAUCAACGAUAACAGAGUACUUCCUACUAUGAUUUCACCUGAACUGUCAGCACAAGAGAAGAAGUGGUGGCUUGACGAUCGCUAUGCUAUCUACGACCUCAAUGUUAACUCCGCUGCCGUGUAUCCUCAGCACAACGAAGUCCUGCAUCUUGCUUCUGCUGGUCCUACAUACACCGCCCGUGGCUAUGCAUAUGGUGGUGGUGGACGGCGAAUCAAUCGGGUGGAAAUAUCGCUGGACAAAGGAAGAUCAUGGCGGCUGGCGGAUAUAGAAUACCCGGAAGACAAAUAUCGCGAUUACGACGCAUAUCUCUUCGGUGGUAGGGUGGAUAUGGCCUGGCGGGAGACUUGCUUCUGUUGGUGCUUCUGGUCUCUUGCCAUACCGACGUCCGAUCUUGAGAAUAGUGAUGCUAUUCUCCUUCGAGCGAUGGAUGAAUCGCUCCAGGUCCAGCCUCGCGAUAUGUAUUGGUCCGUACUCGGUAUGAUGAACAAUCCGUGGUUCCGAGUUGCUAUCUUAAAGGAGGAAGGUGCUUUGAAAUUUGAGCAUCCGACUCACCCAACUCUGAGCAUUCCUGGAUGGAUGGAACGGGUUAAGAAAGAAGGUGGCGAUCUAACCAACGGCAAUUGGGGCGAGAGGCUCGACGGAGAACCACCGAAAGCACCGGAGCCCGUGCAAGAGAUCAAUAUGAAGAAAGAAGGCGUUAAUAGAAUCAUCAGUCUCGAAGAACUUCAGAAACACACUACUGCUGAAGCGCCUUGGUUCGUUGUGAACGGGGAAGUCUAUGACGGUAACAAGUUCCUCGAGGGUCAUCCAGGUGGUGCUCAGAGUAUUAUCUCUGCCGCUGCAACGGAUGCAUCUGAGGAGUUCCUUGCUAUCCACAGCGAAACCGCCAAGGCGAUGAUGCCCGAUUACCAUAUCGGAACACUCGACAAGGUCUCUCAGGAGAAACUGAAGAACGGUUCAGAGCCGGAAGAAUCAACCGAGCCGCGUAAUGUGUUUUUGCAAUCCCGCUUUUGGACUAAGGCACCACUGGUCGAGAAGAAAGUGGUUUCUUGGGACACUAGAAUCUUCAUAUUCAAGCUGGAGCAUGAGAAGCAGAACUUGGGUCUGCCUGUCGGUCAGCAUCUCAUGAUGAAGGUCAAACAUCCUUCCACGGAUGAAUCCAUCAUUAGAUCUUACACGCCCGUCUCAGAGGUGAACCAACAAGGUUUUCUGGAGGUGCUGGUAAAGGUAUACUUUGAGACGGCUACAACCCCGGGCGGCAAGAUGACCAUGGCCCUCGAAAAGCUCCCUCUUGGCACAAUGGUCGAAUUCAAGGGUCCAACUGGCAAAUUCGAGUACCGUGGCAAUGGCAACGUUAUCUUCAAGGGCAAAGAACACCACGUUCGCUCAUUCCGCAUGAUCACCGGCGGCAGUGGUAUUACACCCCCGUUCCAGGUGCUUCGCGCCGUCAUGCAGGAUAAGCAGGACCCAACCACCUGCGUCCUGCUAGACGGCAACCGGCUCGAAGAGGAUAUCCUCUGCCGGACAGAACUCGACACUUACGCUGCGGAGAACCCGGACCGAUGCACUAUAAUCCACACCCUGAGCAAAGCGCCCGAUAGCUGGACGGGCCGUAGAGGGCGUAUUUCAGCAGAGCUUCUAAAAGAGUAUGCAUCUCCAGUCGAUGAAUGCAUGGUGCUCGUCUGCGGUCCUCCCGCGAUGGAGAAAGCAGCUCGUGAGGCGCUUUUGGCUAUGGGAUGGGAUGAAUCCCUUAUGGUGUUCUUCUAG